CUAGAAUACGAAAAAGCUGAGGCCCGAGUAAGCAGAGCAUUACGGAGACCUCCUUCGGGAUUUCACGGCCGGCGAACGCAGGAACCGAGGAACGCCGACUCGCUGACCGCGGCCUCAGGCUCACUUCCAGUCCGAGUCACCUCCAGGCUUCAGGCUUCACUGCGGACUGCGUCUGCCCCACCGCUUCAGCAGGUCAGGGUUUCAGUCUUCACUCUUCAGUGAGAUGGAGGAGCAAACCCUUUUAAGUAAAUUGAUGAUAAAUCUUCGUGCUACUUGCAAAUACUACACCGGCUACCCGAAAGAUCUUGGGCCAUCAAAAGUUAUUCACUUUACAUCGGAGCGCGAAUUCGUCCAGCUUCUUCAUCAAGGAAAUCCCGUGGUUGUUGCAUUCACUAUCAAGGGUAACUAUACAAGACAUCUUGAUAAAGUAUUGGAGGAAGCAGCUGCUGAAUUCUAUCCUAAUGUAAAAUUUUUACGUGUUGAGUGCCCAAAGUACCCUGGAUUUUGCAUAACGCGACAAAAGAAGGAAUACCCUUUCAUUGAGAUGUUUCACAGUCCAGAACAAGCAUCUAAUCCGGGUAAGGUUGCUGAUCCAAAUGUAACAAGAUACUCCGUGAAAGUCUUACCUUUCAAUCAUGAUCUUAGUGCAUAUGGAUUCAGAGAGUAUUUCAAGAGGCAUGGAAUUCAAUCACCCGGUGGUCGUCCUCAGUAAAAUUUGUCAAACAAUAUGAAACUUAAGAUGGCGUGAUUCCCUGACAGUUUUGAACUUCCUAUGAUGCUUGCCUGCUUGGCAUCCGUCUAUUACUACUAUCAUUAUUGACAUCAAUUUAUUAUUAUAUGGUUAUUAAUAAUAUUACUAAUCUUUGUUUUAUGGGAGAAUUUGAGUUUGCACCGUACCCCACUUUUUGGGUGAUAUUGGACUUUGCACCCUAAUUUGAAAAAACUUUGAUUUUGCACCCCAUCACAAUUCACUUUGUAAAAAAAAAUUUCUAAAUGGGGUGCAAAGUCAAAAGAUUUUUAAGUGGAAUGGGGUGUAAAGUCAAAAUUUUUUCAAAAUGGGGUGCAAAGUCCAAUAUUAUCCAAAAAAUGGGGUGCAAAGUCAAAUUCCCCUUGUUUUAUUAUAUAUAUCAAGAUUUUGACAUACUUAAAUCAAACUUUUGCGCUUUAGUAGAAAAUUUAGCGUUAGUUUGUAAACAUAUACAACUUGUAAUUAAGUUUUUAUUUGAACCCAUAUAUAUUUCAAGGCUUACUUGUGAAAAUGUUUUAUGUUAGUUA